CAUGAGCUUCUCUUUGGGUUGGUUAAUACAAUUAGUCUGGCUUUGCUCUGCGGCUUCGUAAGCAUAUAAACACCCCCUGUGGCCCUGUAUUAAUACACCGGGGGAUAUCAAUGAUAAAUAAACCACAGAGCUGUGUGUGCAUGUGUGUGAACAAGCAGGUGGAGAAAUGAUUAGAUUUCCAUUAGUAAAAGGGAGUAAUGAACGCCCUGUGUGUGCGUGUGCACGUGCAUACAGGACCAUUAAUGUAUGUGUGUGUGUAGUAAGAGAUGAAUUAAAAGCGCAUUGACUAUGUGGCAGCACAUGCUAUAUAUAAAGGCCAGGCACAGCCGGCCUGCAAGCGGCUCAAGCCAGAGGACCUAUUCAUCUUCUGCAGAAAGCUCUGCCCCCGCCUCCCCUCCCUCGAUAAAACCACGGACCCAACACACCCACGUCCCACUCCACCUAACCAUAGACCCCUCCCCUCCGUAAUCAAAUUAAUUAACAUUCCUAAGAUCCCACGCUCAUUAAUCUAUCCACAGUGGUCAGCAAAAAAGGCAGGCAGGGAAUAAGUUUGACUAUGGCUGUGAUCUUAGAAGUCAAAGGAAAAUGUAGUUUUUUUACAAUCUGGUGUAAUUUUUGUCUUUUUUUGGUCCUAUUUGUAGUUUUAGGGUUUUUUGAGACCGUCUUUACUGCAGAGAUGCAACUUCACAUCCAUUGCAUUGCAGAGUUUUACCUUCACCUCAAUUUCUUUCAGUACUUGUGCAUGUUUUCUCUUUUGCAGUGCAAUAUUUGAGUCGUUUUUGUUUUUGCUUUCUAAGAGAUGGGUUAAACUGCACUUAAAAGAGUACUACACAGAUUUAGCAUUGCAUUCCUUUAACACUGUCAGACUCACAAUAUGGAAAGUUUAAAAAAGGAUAAAAAUCAAUGCAGCAGAACAAGAGAUAUCGUCUUUUUUCUGCAACACAUUCUCCUUUUUUUAUCAAAGCCUGGUGCCUACAUUGCCCAUAAUACAACUCGACCACUGACAGUUCAAUUAAACUGGAUCCCAUUCUACAUUCUUCUACAGUGUGGUAGGUGGUGGUAUGCACGUAUAAGUACCAACUUAUACGUGCAUACCACCACCUAUCCGUCAAUAAACACAAAGACGAAGAAGUCAGAUCACUUUGGAGAUUCAGCCUGUGACAGCCCUGUCACCAUGGAGACGGCCAAUCACCACAAACUCGGCGUCACCGCGGAGACAGGCCCAGGCAGGGCCAGGACAGCAGUUGUCACAACGGCCCAUCGUCUCGAACCGGCGGAGCUCGCAGUCAGAGCUCAUCGCAGGGCGGCGUCUCCGGCAGUCAGCGGCCGUCUGCGAGAACAGACAGGUGGAGGAGAAGAAGAGAGAGAUGAGAGGAAAGAGGAGAGGACAGUCCAUCUUUGUGUGAGGAGAGGUAAACAAAUCCUUCUGACUGUAGCCCGUAGACAGAGGAAGAGGAGAAGGUUUUCAUGGGAUGACAAGAUGAGAACUCCUGAGAGACUCUGUGAUUAAAGUCAAACUGCAUUUUGA